GUUUUAUGUCAUUUACCCCGCUGUGCGUCACACUGGAUCAGAACAUUAGCAAAAUGUCCAACUAAUGAAUUUAGAGAUUAGAUGCCUUCUGCUCUUCAAUAUUUUUUCCCACAGGAUGAUGAUGUGAAAAUGAAUGAAUUACACCAUUAGCCAGCAUGACGGAAAAUGUGAAGAAACAAUGCGCAACAACAGAGGCUGACACAAGAGCUCGGAAAACAUCACAAGUCACCUCCAGGCAUAAUCUUCAUCUUCUAACAACGAUUCUCUGCUGGGAUGUCGCUGGUUGUGGUCCUCUGCCUGCUGGCUUGCGUUCACUCGGGCAUUGAUGCGUAUCCACGCAAGCCUGUCAGCCCCAAAGAAGGAGCACCCCCGGAGGAAUUGGCCAAAUACUACUCUGCACUCCGACACUACAUCAACCUCAUUACGAGGCAGAGAUAUGGAAAACGAGACAUUCCGGAUACAAUGUUUUCUGAUGUGUUUGUAGAGGAGAGCACAGAGGCCAUCCCCGAGUCCAGUUAUGGCAGGUACGAUGAGCUGCCAGUGUGGUGGUGAUGAUGCUGGAGUUACUUAAAACGUUUCAUUUCAGUUGUGUUGCAUGAAAUAUUGUGUUUACGAGAAGUGCGUGUAUAUUGUAAUUUAAUCAUGUUUAUCCGCGUCUUCUGGUCCAAUUUGCAGCGUCUUUUGUGAAGCAGUGCCCUCUAGUGGUAGGUUCUGGUACAUUUACAUUUGGGUACUGCAGCAAACCAUUUGAUUGUGUUUUGUGUUUGAGACAGGAAUGAAAUCCAAAAAUGACCAACAGUUAUGAAUACAAAUAAACUUUUAUUUGGAUAAUUUUAAUGUACUUUUACGUGUUAUCCAUUUGAAAAAAAUCAUUUAAGUAGAAAUUAUUUUUAUGUACCUAAGUGCAGCGCAAAUACUGCAUAAUGUUAUGAAUGAAAUGCCUUUUUUUAAUCACCACACUACUGUGUUUUAUGUUUUGGUGGUGACACUUGGUGGAAAAAGUUUGAGAACUGUUCCAUGUCAACUGUGAAUUUCGUUUAAAUAAAUGUGAAAAUAGACAAAAUGGUA